CGUCGACCCACACCCACACUCCAGGCAGAGGAGCGAGCGCUGCUGAUCGAUCACCGGAGCUGAGACACCAUCACCGGAGUGUCUGUCUGUCAGCUACUAGCAUUUGCUUGGUUUGCGCGAUGGCUUCCGUGAAGGCCGCCGCCGUCGUCGUGCUGGGCGCCGCGUUGGUCGCGGCGGCGGUCGUCCUCGAGGCUGAGGGCCGCGUUGCGCGGAAGGACCUGGGGAUCAACCUCGGCGGUGGCCUUGGAGGUGGAGGCGGCGGCGGCUUGGGCAUCGGCCCCGGCGGCGGCCUCGGGGUCGGCUCGGGGAUCGGAGUUGGCAUCGGUGGCGGCGGCGGCGGCUCUGGCUCCGCGUCCGGGUCAGGCUCCGGGUCUUACUCUGGCUCAGGAUCCGGCUCCGGUUCAGGGUCUGGGUCGUGGUCUGGCUCGAGCUCGGGUUCGAGCUCCAGGUCAAGUGGAGGAGGCUCAUCCGCCGGCUCGAGCGCUGAGUCAGGAGCCGGCUCGAACGCGGGGCCAGGUGGUGCUGGGUCAUACGCCGGCUCCAGAGCUGGCUCGUAUGCUGGCUCAAACGCCGGGGAUGGUGGCUCCGGCGCAGGCUCGUACGCUGGCUCUAGCGCGGGCUCGUAUGCCGGCUCCAACGGCGGGGGUGCAGGAUCAUACGCUGGCUCCGAAGCCGGCUCGUACGCCGGCCCGCAUGGAGGCUCUGGUGCCGGCUCGUAUGCAGGAUCCAGAGCCGGCUCCUACGCUGGGAGUGGGCAUGGCAAGUGAGCUUACCAAAGUGCUAUAUUGUUGUGUUCCUAGCUUUGUGUAAUUUGUGUUCAGAUCACCUCAUUCAUGUACUAUGCAUAAAUAAGGGUGUAGGUGAUGGUGAAUGACUAAUAAGCGCUACAUGCGUACCUAUCGAUGUACACAUUUAUGUGAAUGUAUAAUUCAUAAUAGAGAUUACUGCGUAUGGAUACUGUCGCUUGCUUGCAUGAGGUUUUUUGGUAUUUGAA